CCUCCACUGACUUGACUAUAUUUUCUCAUCCUCAAUGGCUGCUAUCUGUUUCAUGCCUCAUUGUCUCAUUAAUCUUGGUGAUCUGAAUUUCCCUUCCUCAGCAUUGAUUUGUAUAUCCCACUCUCUUGUCCUUUUCUUAAGAUAUUUCUUGCUUUCCCUAUUUUUAAUCUAUUAUUUCUGUGCCUCCUUGUUGGAAGUCCAACUUUGUACCACCAUGGAAAUGAGCUAUUUAUACAUUUAAGUAAUAUGUAUUUGUUGUCUUUAGUAAUUAGUGUUUCAUUUUCUUAACUUUGUUUUCAAGUUCAUCAGAUGAAAGUGCAGAAAGUAGUACAUUGCAGACAGUUGCCACUGUUCGUGCUGAGGAAAUUCCCCCUGUACCAGAGAACAGAUUCUUAAUGCGAAAGAGCCCUCACAAAGCAGAUGAAAAAGAGAAAGAGAAAGAGAAAAAGAAAGAGAGCAAUGUAUCAAAUUCCCAAAUGUCUACAUAUCAAAGAAGACUCCUAGUAACUAGGUCAGGCCGAAAAAUUAAAGGAAGAGGACCCCGGCGCUAUCGAACACCUUCAAGAUCAAGGUCUCGGUCAAGAGAUCGAUUUAGGCGCAGUGAAACUCCCCCACACUGGAGGCAGGAGAUGCAACGAGCACAAAGAAUGAGGGUUUCAAGUGGUGAACGAUGGAUCAAAGGAGACAAGGGUGAAGUGAAUGAAAAGAAAGAAAACCACAACAAUAGAAGCCCAGACAGAGGGAGAGAGCGAAUAUCUUCAGACUACAAACCGGACAUAUUGGAUAGUCCGAAAAGGAGCAGAGAAAGGGAUAAAAAAUCUGAACGAGAGACUGGGAGGAGUCAUCGGUCUAAAAGUAAAGAAAGGGAACAGAAGAAAAUGAACAGAGAUGAUAAAUCUGAAAAAAGCAAGCCUAAAAAGAGAAAUAAAUCCAGGAGUAAAGAAAGAAAUCAAAGCAGAAGCAAAGAUAAGGAAAAACAUGACAAAACCAGAAGCAGGGACAGAGAGCACAAACCAAACAAAGAAAAGAGAGCAAAUUCAAGAAGCAAAGAUAGGGAGCAUGCAAAGGGCAAAGAGCGGGAUAAACCUGCUAAAUCAAAUAAAGAACAGGGAAAACAUGAAAAAUCUCAAAGCAGAGAACAGAGUAGAAGUAAAGAGAGAGGAAAAUGUGCAAAGUCAAAAUCUAGAACUCAUGAUCGAGAAAAGAGUAGCAGUAAAGAGAAGAGGAAAUGGCCCAAGUCUGAAAGUAAGGAAGGAGAACAGAACAAUGGCAAAGAGUUGGAGAAACGAGCCAAGUCCAAAUCCAGAAGUAGGGACCGAGAACAGAAUAAUGGUAAAGUGUUAGAGAAACAAGUCAAGUCAAAAUCCAGAAGUAAGGAACGGGAGCAAAAUAACGGAAAAGAUUGGGAGAAACAAGCCAAGUCAAAACUCAGCACACGUGAUCCAGGAGAGAGUAACAACAAAGUGUGGGAGAAACGAGCCAAGUCACAGUCCAGAAGUAGGGAUCGGGAGCAGAAUAACAGCAAAGGGAGGGGAGAAGAGACCAAAUCGAGGAGUAGGGAUCGAGAACAAAGUAACAGCAAAGGGAGGGGUAAAGAAGCCAAAUCAAGAAGCAGAGAUCGAGAACGGAGUAAAAAUAGAGAGAGGAGAAAACGAGCCAGAUCGAAAUCCAGAAGUAGAGAUCGUAAACAUAGUAAGAGCAGAGAGAGAGCAAAACGGGCCAAAUCAAAAUCUAAAAGUAGAGAAAGAAGUAAAAGCAGGGAGCGGGAUAAAAGGGCCAAAUCAAGAUCCAGAAGUCGAGAUAGAGAACAGAGUAAAGACAAGUAUAGAGGGAAAAGGGCCAAAUCUAGAAGCAAAGAUCGGCAUAAAAGUAGAAGUAAGGAAAGAGAACACCGAGACAAAUCAAGGAGUAAAGAUAGAGUAAAAGACAAAAGUAAAGAAAGAGAAAAGCAUGCAAACUCAAGAAGCAGAGGCAGGGAACAAAAGCACAAGGAAAACUGGAUUAAAUCCAGCAGUAACGAUGAGCAGGGCAAGAGUAAAGAUCAAGAAAAAAGAGCAAAAUCCAAAAGUAAGGAAAGGGAUAGAAGUCAGAGCAAAGAAGCAAACAAGAACAGAGAUAGAGAACAGAAAAAGAGGGGACGUUCAAACAGCAAAGACAGAAGAACCCCUGAAAAAGAUAGGUAUGAUCAUUCAAAGAAGGAACAAAAGACUAAAAAUUCAGGAGAUAAUCAAAACAAGGAGAAAGACUUAAAGACUUCUGAAAAUCAAAAUUCAAAUGGGAAAAUAAUACACAAGGAGGAUGAAAAACCAAAAAGCCAGGGAAAGGAUCAUAGCAGCAGCUCUGAGAGUCUGAAAGAGGAUGAGGAUAGGAAUAAAAAGGAAAAAAGUAGUAGUCCAAGUAUGAAGAGAAAAAGGGGGAGUAGUAAAAGCAAGAUAUCUGAAGAAGGGUCUGCAUCUAGAAACAGAUUAUGUGAACAUGGUGACAAAAUUAAGAAGUCAAACAGCAGAACAAAAAAUCGGAACCACGAAAAAGAGCAGCACUCAAACUGUGAUUCAGCCCCUAGUUCAGAUGAAGAUAGAAGUGAAUAAAUGUGCUUUAUGGACAAGUGAUCGAUUGCCAAUAAAUGUUUCUGUGAUUUUUUUUUUCAGAGAUAUGUUAGGGACAUGUCUUUUAAACCUGGAUUUCAGUUGAGUUUGUUUUUUUUGACAAUCUGCAGCCUGGAUUAUUUGUACUACUGGACUUUUAAUAAAUUUGUAAAGUGUUGCAAAAGAUGAUUUCAUCUAAUGUUUUAAUUUUGGAGCAUUUUGGUUUUUAGCUUUAUUUUGUGAUGUUUCUGAAAGAGACCAAUAAAUAACUUUUUAUUGGAGUUUGA